AUGGGAAAUUCAAUUUCUGAUUCAUCAGAGGCUGCCAAACCCACAUUAAUGGAAGAUAUUGACGAUGACAUGGGUAGUAUUUUGGCACAGCCCAUGUAUGAUUGGAGUCUUUCCGAUCUUCAACAAUUAUUAAUUGGGAAGGGCAUUGAAAAAUCAAUUGUUCAGAAGUUCAAUGAAAAGAAUGAAAGCUUGUCGAUAUUCUUGUCCAGAUACAAGAACGUUGGAGAAGCUCUCUUUCACCUUUCAUCAUGCCAACCCAUUGCACAAGUCACCCAGGACACCAAUGCAGCCAAGAAAAUAUUCAGUUUACUGCGAAAAACAAAACAAGAACAGAUAUCAUCAAGAGUCAUAUCACCUGAAAAGAAAAUCGAAUUAGAAAAGGAUUUUCUUAGAUUGAUGGACAAAAUUUUUGAAAAAAACAUUCCAGAAAAUUACAAAGUCAUGGACUUCAGCGAUGAUGUGUCAUUGGUGAAAGAUUUAGUAGAUGACACUGACCUGAGUCAACAGACAGAUCAAUCACCUUCUCUCUCAACAACUUCAACCUCCCAAUCCUUCCUUUCAAGCUCCUCUUUCUCCUGCAAUUCAACAAUGCAUAUUGAUCCUACCCUUGCAGCUUCCUUUGACACAGAAACUGCCACUCCCUCUUCCACAGCUUUUUUUUCGUCACACCAACCCUAUUCUAAACAGCCAAGUCGAUCCAGUACUCCGGUCGCAAUCUCUGUUUCUCCUACCACUAACAAUUCCAAGCUGAAGUCUAGACAAAUGUAUCAUCCAGUAGCACUAUUUUCACCUGAACUCUUGACAGAAUCUGAAACGAACGCCGUCAAGAAUUGUUGUAAAAAAUUAGAAAAAUCGUUGAAACAGUCACAAACCCAGCUGUUGCUCACUGCUCAAAACUUGUGUCUUCCAGAUAGAUUCAAAUAUCGAUAUUUUCAUCCGUACAUUAAGCAAAGCGAAAUGGUCGUCAGAGGCUCGUCAAAAAAGAAAGCAGCUCUUCCUGUGAAAUUGGUGAUCACUACAUUGAAUGAAACUCAAAUGCAUCGCUUUAUUCGUCGUGUUGGUCACGUGUUGGAUAUUGCAAACUCUGAUGAAAAAGGUGGAUUUGGUUUGUUUCACACGGCUCUCAUUGUUGGAAACUGGUAUAUCGAGUUUAACGAUAAUUCUAUUGCUUGUGUCAGGCCCAUUUCCUCGAGUAAGGCUGUUUUUGUUUACCAUUUAAAAGCCUUUGGAGAAACUGAAAUCAAUGAAGUGAUUAACAAAAUAACUCGAGUGUGUUGUACUUGGAAUGCAACUCAAUAUUAUGAUGUUAAAACUGCCAAUUGCCAACAUUUUACACAAACAUUGCUGAAAGCUAUUGGAAUUGAUUUGAAAAAUUCUACGGAAAUAUCACCUCUUGUCAAGGAUUAUUUUUUCAAGUUGAAAAAGUAUGGAAUUUGUUCCAUGACCUAUACCAUCCCCAAACCAAUCAAGUCCUCUUUCAAUUUUGACGAAAUUACCUUCAAAACUCACCAAGAAUUGGAUCAAUUUUGGUUGACUGUCAACGCCAAACACCACGCAUGGGUGAACACUGAUGAAGGAAAAGAUCACGAAAAUUUAUUGAAGAGUUAUGACAGAGCUUUCUGGCUUCGCAGACAAUCUUCCAAAGAUAUGUAUAAUGAAGUUAAUGAACCUUUGCGAGAGAAUGAUGAAACACAUCGAUGUCUUUGUCCCUUCAAUGAAUACGAAUGUGAAACACAUUCAUUCUUACUUGCUGAUAGCGUGACAGGAAAUAAUUUUCUUGGAAGUUGGUGCCCUGAGUAUCCAUCAAGAAAUGAUUAA